GUCUGCUGCUCGGCUCCGGGAGGGAAGAAUGGGAAAGGGCGACGGGACGAGGCAGCGUGUGGCGACAUGAACACAACGGGCUUUUUCUGAACCGACUCGCGGCUUUAACACAACAGACACACGCACUUCAAACCCCCGGGACGUCUCCGCUAUUCUCCCCCCCCUCAAAAAAGAGGACCGAGUGCUGGAAGGGAGAUUUCGCUCCCGUAGGAAAACGCAGCCUCUUCUUUGUGGACUCUCUCAUUUUCCUUGCGAUAAAGUACCCGGUCACAGAGUGGAGGAUUCGUCUGACCUUAAACCUCAAUAGGAAGGAGAUCAAGCCACUUCAGGGAUGGAGCAGGUAUCAGAUGACGAGUUGGACCAUGGAGCAGAGGAGGACAGUGAUAAGGAGGACCAGGACCUGGACAAGAUGUUUGGAGCCUGGCUGGGAGAACUGGACAAGCUCACACAGAGCCUGGAUGACGGCAAGCCACAGAAAGCCCUCCAGAAGCCUCCUCUCAGACAGGAGACCAACAUGGCCAACUUCUCCUACCGCUUCUCAAUGUACAACAUAAACGAGGCGUUGAACCAGGGAGACACAGUGGACCUGGAUGCCCUGAUGGCCGACCUGUGCUCCAUCGAGCAGGAGCUCAAUACCGUUUCCAAACCAAACUCCACUUCUCGGGGCCAGAGCAAAGGCCAGCAGAGGACCGGUGUUGGCCGCGCUGCUAGUAGCAAGCACACAGGCACCAGUGGAGGGGGAAGCAGCGGAGGAAGUACCAGUAGCAGUACCAGGGCAUCGCCGGCCAACACAGUACGAGGCGGCAGCGUCAACGCUCGCCCCGCAGCCUCCAACAUCUCCCUCGAUGACAUCACUUCCCAGCUGGAGAAGGCCUCUCUCAGCAUGGACGAGGCGGCUCGUCAGACAUCCUCCUCUUCCUCCUCCUCUUCUUCCUCAUUCUCCUCCACAACGCUCCGGCGGCCCUCAUCGGGGUCGUCUGGCGGCGGGCAGCACCGCAGGGCGGGCUCUGUGGGCGCGGUCAGCGAGCAGGAGGCGCCCUCCCAGCGGUCGAGUGUCAAUUCAGCAUGUGCCUCAGCGUCCAGCAUGGACUCCCUGGACAUUGACAAAGUGUUGACAGGAGGAGAGGCGGAGGGCCAGAGCAGCUCGAACGCACCGGGACCAAACCAGACCAGCACUGAGCAUGUCGUACUGCGGCGGGCCAAUGGUCAGCCGGCCAGGCGGCAGCUUGACUUCACCUCACAGGCGGGUGAAGUGGACCGGGCCACUCACUCGUAUCUGGACCGAGAAACCUCACUCAUUUUGAAAAGCAUAGCUGGAAAGCCUUCUCACCUCCUGACCAAGGAGGAGCAAGCAGCCAAACUGAAGGCUGAGAAGAUCCGAGUCGCCCUGGAAAAAAUCAAGGAGGCUCAGGUUAAAAAGCUGGUGAUCAGGGUCCACAUGUCGGACGAGAGCUCCAAGACCAUGAUGGUGGACGAGCGGCAGUCCGUCAGGCAGGUGCUGGACAGCCUGCUGGACAAGUCGCACUGUGGCUACAGCCCCGACUGGGCCCUUGUGGAAACCAUCACGGAGCUCCAGAUGGAACGUAUUUUUGAGGAUCACGAGAACCUGGUGGAGAAUCUGUUGAACUGGACCCGGGACAGUCACAACAAGCUCAUGUUCAUCGAGCGCAUCGAGAAAUACGCUCUUUUCAAAAACCCACAGAACUAUUUGCUGGGGCGGAAGGAGACAUCAGAGAUGGCAGACAGGAAUAAAGAGGCUCUAUUAGAGGAGUGUUUCUGCGGCGGCACGGUGUCUGUGCCGGAGAUCGAGGGCAUCCUGUGGCUGAAGGAGGACGGGAAGAAGUCGUGGAAGAAGCGUUACUUCCUCCUCAGGGCUUCUGGGAUCUAUUACGUCCCAAAGGGCAAAGCCAAGGCCUCCAGAGAUCUAGUGUGCUUCCUGCAGUUGGACCAUGUUAACGUGUAUUAUGGCCAGGACUACCGCAGCAAAUACAAGGCUCCCACUGACUACUGCCUGGCUCUCAAGCAUCCACAAAUCCAGAAGAAGUCGCAGUACAUCAAGUACUUGUGCUGCGAUGAUGUCAGGACCCUGCACCAGUGGGUGAAUGGAAUCCGAAUCGCCAAGUAUGGAAAGCAGCUUUAUGGGAACUACCAGGAAGCCAUGAAGAGAACAGAGGCGGCCUAUGAUUGGUCGUCUCUCUCCACCUCCAGCAUUCGAUCAGGCUCCAGCUCUGCCAGCAUACCUGAGUCCCAGUCCAAUCAUUCAGGACAGUCGGACAGUGGUGUGGACACAGGCUCCUCUCACGGCCGCUCCCAGAGUGUGGUGAGCUCCAUUUUCUCUGAGGCCUGGAAGAGAGGGACCCAGAUCGAGGAAAGCACCAAGCAGAUAAGAAUGGAGGCAUCCAGAGGAGCCACCCUGCCGCAUCCUUCCCACAGUCACCGGCAUCACAGCCAGCACUCAGUGGACCACCCAGCCCUGACGCCCCCUCCUCAGACUCAUCCCCAGGCCCAAACACCGCCACCACCACAGCCUCAGCACCCACCAGUGCACCCCCAGACACUGGUCCAACCACAACAGCAGCACCUGCCGCCUCAGUCUCCUCAACAGGCCCUGCAGCCUCUGCCCCAAUCGCCUCAACGCCCUCAGCCAGCGCCGCCAAAGUCUCCGCAGCAGCAGCAGCAGACGUCACAGGCCGUCAGUGGCUACCACCACCUGCCCCCCCCACAGCAGCAGCCACAGGCCGUCAGUGACUACAUCCACAUGCCCCUGCAGCAGCAGCAGCAGCAGCAACAGCCACAGACUGUCAGUGGCUACCACCACAUGCCCCCACCGCAGCAGCAGCAACAGCCACAGACUGUCAGUGGCUAUCACCAAAUGCCCCCGCAGCAACAGCCACAGACCGUCACUGGCUACCACCACAUGCCCCCGCAGCAGGAGCAGCAGCAGCAACAGCCACAGGCCGUCAGUGGCUACCACCAUAGGCCCCCACCUGAGCAGCAGCCACAGACCGUCAGUGACUACCACCACAUGCCCCCGCAGCAGCAGCCACAGACCGUCAGUGACUACCACCACAUGCCACCACCAAAGCAGCAGCAGCAGCCACAGACCGAAAGUGACUACCACCACAUGCCCUCGCAGAUACAGCGGCAACAGCCACAGGCCGUCAGUGACUACUACCACAUGCCCCCACCACAGCAACAGCCACAAAACGUCAGUGGCUACCACCACAUGCCCCCACCACAGCAGCAGCCACAGACCGUCAGUGGCUACCACCACAUGCCCCCACCACAGCAGCAGCCACAGACCGUCAGUGGCUACCACAACAUGCCCCCACCACAGCAGCAGCAGCCGCCAGCUCCUCCGCCCCCACCUCCACCGCCACCUCCCCCUCCGCCACCGCCGGUUCAAAGUGUGUCGCACCACUCGCCAGCUCUCACCAUGUACAAGUUCAGCACGAUCAACAGGCUGCAGAACCAGAAUUCCUCACAGACGGCCAAUCACCACAGGCUGCCCCCAGCUCCGAAACCACCUGUUGCUAAAGUGUCCAUCAAACCCAAUGUGAACCACAUUGCUGCAAGGACUAAUGUCCCGCCUCCCCCGCCGCCACCUCCUCCGCCAUCAAUGCCCACCCCUGGGUCAGCCAUGGCCUCGCUGAGGCUCGGCCCUCCCAGCGUAGCCCCCCCACCUGCCUUUGUGCCUCCGCCCCCAGCUCCUCCUCCUGCUCCAUACACCAAUGGGGUUGCAUUUCCUCCUCCACCCCCCCCUGGUCCUGCUCCCAUGAGCCAGCCCGUUUACUCCAUUGGGCUGAAGCAGGCGCUGAAGGAAAGGUUCCCCAGCCCGCCACGGGACCUCUUGUCUCCGAAUGGAGACCUCGACGAGUACCCACCGCCUGCCCCCGCACCACCACCACCGCCGCCUCCUCCUCCACCGCCCCCACCACCUCCUCCCCCUACCCAGCAGUUCCCAGUGCCAGCUCAGUUUCCACCCCCUCCGGCGCCACCUCCAGCACCACCCAAAACCUUCACCCCAGGUUUUAUCCCUCAUGCUCCCCCAAAGCCUGUGUCACCAGUCUCCCCUUUCCCUCCUGCCCCACCCUAUGCCGCCUUAGGGGGCCCUGCCCCAGCCCCACCACCACCUCCACCCCCACCUUCAUCUGGAGCUUUCAAGAAGCAGUUCAGCCUUCAUGCAGGGCACACCUCCAGCCAACCCCCUCGGACUCUGCCCAAGCAGCACAGCCUCUCUAAACCACCCAUGUCCACAGGAGCCCCUCCCACCAUAUCUUUAGUGAAACAACUGGCCAGUCAGUUUCCAGGAGCCCCCUCCCAAGUAGCCAAUCACACAGAGAGCCCCAAAGCCCCCCUCUCACCACCUGCAGUCAAGACCAAACCAAGAUGGCAGCCAGGGGGUGUCCAGCAGCUUCAGUCUCCCGAGUUCCCUCCUCCUCCUCCAGACAGCAACGCUGGUUUCCCUGCUGCCCCUGCUCCCCCUGCUCCCCCUCCGCCACCUCCGCCACCUCCCCCAGCACCUGUUACUGGCCCGACUCCGCCCCCUCCUCCCCUCCCCCCUGGAAACCUUGCCUCCACCAUGAGGGCACCGUCUGGCUCUUCCCACUUUGGAGGCAAGAAAGCACCUCCUACCCCCAACAGGAACUCCAGUGUCAAGUCCGAUUCCUCCGGCUCGUAUGAGGAAUCCAGGAGGAACUUGCUCAGUAAGUUUGGCUCCAAGAGCAACACCCCACCUUCAUCCCCUUGUCCCACCUCUUCCUCUACUGGAUCUCCCUCUAAGGACCACUCAGCUGGACCCCGCGCUCCCCCGAAACCAGGCAAGCUCAACCUGGCCAACUUGCCCAUGGGCCUCCAGUCCAAAGUGAGCCAGGCAAAGCAGUCCAGCGGCGACUUCCCUUCCCCACCACCCGAUUGUGCCUAUUUCCCACCUCCUCCCCCAGCCACAGAAAUCUUCCCCCCUCCUCCCCCUCCUGGUGACACCCAUAGCGGAGGGCCUCCGCGGGUAGCCGUGGUGAAUCCUCAGCCCCAGGCUCCCCCUCCUCCACCGCCCGUCUCCCUUUUCAGCAACUCAACAUGGGGAAAGAGUUCCCUGAAAAAGACUCCUCCACCCACACUUGUGCGGCGCAGUAACAACACCCCGGAGCCCCCUCCCCUUUCGCCACCUCCGACCUCCCCGAAGGGGAGCUCAGGCCAGCCCAAUUUCUUGGAUGAUCUCCACCGGACACUGAAGCGAAAGUCGGUUGGACGGCAGGGUUCUCUCAACUCUGCCGGCCUCUCAGGCAAGUUGGAACCUGCCGGGACCAUGGACGACAUGGCGCUGCCACCGCCGCCCCCCGAGCUGCUUCAGGACCAAGGAAUGCAAAGCAACGGAGGAAACGGUGGCUACAUGUCCGGAAACAUCUCAGGCUAUGCAACGCUGCGACGAGGACCCCCACCUGCACCACCUAAACGUGGUGACGGCACCAAACUUACUGGAGAGUGUUGAACUCCGAGAUAAGGAUGCUAUGAAGACGGACGAACAGACAGUGAAAGAAUAUAUUGAAGUGAACAUUCAUAAGUGAACUGGGAGCAAAAUCCUGGAUACCUUCUGUCCUCUUGGGACCACAAUGAUAAAUGGAUGACUGUGUAUAUAUGAAAACCUAAACCAGACCGUGGUCAGUGAGUGUUUGCUAAUUAUUGCGUUUUCGUUAACAUGCUCGGCGCUCCAGAUCAGUGAGGUUUACAAUAUUGGGACAAUUAAGACUGGAGCAGGCAAGUUUGAGGUCACAUAAAUGUCCUUUUCUGCCAUUAGCUAUACUCUCUGGAACAAACUGUAUUGCCCUGUAUUGUAACCCCUACCGCCCCCCCCCCCCCCCCCCUGUCACCCACUCGCUGUUCCGGUGUGCCAAGCAGAUUUAAUACAAACACUCGUAAGAUUUGUGCAAAUGUUACUGGAUCCAGGUCUGAGCCGAACCGCGUAUCCGCAUAUUUUCCAUAAGUUUGUGCCACGUACUGGAAACAAAAAAAAAACCCAUCAGGAUCAUUCUGCUUUGGUACUGCAUGGACCUCAUGUAACAAGAAGCUGUAAAACAUGAAGCUGUUCUGGUGUGUGCAUGCGUGUGAGCGAGAGAGAGAGAGACUGAAGAUGCACACUUGCAUUGUGUGCAUGCAUGUGUGGUGGCGAAACAGUGAAGUGUUGGGGAAGGCCUUUGUGAAGUGGUUUGCUUUUUAUAUGAAAUUAUUUAAUGAUUGAUAAAUGGAAGGAUUUUCUUUUUCUAUUCUUUUCUUCUUUUUUUUUUUACAAGUCUGUCUUUUAACAGCUGGUCAACAAAGUCUAGAGAGGGAGAAAAACAAUUAGGCCGCAAUGGAAUGUACAUGGAAGGCAUAUUUAAAAACUGUAAGAAUUAAUGAAUAGCUAAAAUCUUCAAAAUGCAAGUUAGAAGGAAGCCUUUUACCAAAAGACUGGACUGUGCAACUGGAGAGACAAAAUGUUUCAUUUAAUGCAAACUUAUACUGGACUUGUUUAAAUGGAGGGGGGAGGCCUGUUGUGGUGUUUUCUGUGUGAGUUCGCUGUUGCUCUUUAGGGAGCUCAUCCUUCGGUUUGUGUACAGUUGCGGCCGCUCCUCUGUUGCUGACGGUCCUCGCUGCCCGCCGUCUUAAAAAGAAAACUCCCAAUCCAGGAAGUACAGAUCGGAUUCGGCCACGUGAAGUCAAAUCAUCUUGCCAUUAUUGUCUGGUUGAUGUAGAGAGCGUUAAUAUCGUGAGGUUGGCGACAGGAAUCAUCCGAGUUGCUUUAGACUGAAUGUUGCUUCCUAUCUGGUUUCCUCCUUGUGCCAUUACUGCUUCAGCCCUUAUUGCACAGGCACUAAGGUCACCUCCUAUUUUACCUACAGAGUGGAUCAUGAAGGGUUUUCAUCUCUAGCCUUCAUUUUUUUUUUAAAGGGUGCUAUGUUUUCCUUCAGGAACUCGACAUGUGCCAGGUUGACAUAUCAUUCGAAUCUCACACUAUUUAAACUGGUUUUAAAUUGGCUGCAGCACGGAAUCGCUUCAACACAAUAAGAGCUUCGAAGAGAUCUUUUGUAUUUUUAUUUAACGUGUUCAUUUGUCCCCCGCUCAGCCGCUCGAAGGCAAUGUACCGUUUCUUUUUGAGUGUCAUCGUCUUUGACAGGAUUGUUUGCUACAGUACAGUAUGUAAGUUAUUGAUGUGCUGAUGUGAACAUGUGGGGGGGAGGCCAAACCAAGUGAAGACAAGUGGUUGCAGAGAAGAGUCAAACGUGUCCUCUUGCAUAUAAACUGAAAAAUCACAAUAUAAAUGUUCAAAUCAGACCUCAA